CGGGCCCGUUGCGAGCUGACCAAUAGCAGCGCCUGACGUUAUCAGCAGAGGGAAAAAAAACCCAGGGUCGCCAUAACACAGCAGUGGAAACGGCAGAGAAGUGGCUGGAAAACAAAAGACAAGGCGCACUGCUCCUCAACACUUGGUAUGCUCUUGCAGUGUUACAGGAAUGCCCAAGGAAAAAUAUGACCCGCCGGAUCCCAGGCGGAUGUACACCAUAAUGUCCAGUGAAGAGGCAGCCAAUGGGAAGAAGUCAUACUGGGCUGAGCUGGAAAUCAGUGGUCGAGUAAGGAGUCUGAGCACAGCCCUAUGGUCUCUCACCCACCUCACCGCCCUACACCUCAGUGACAACUCCCUGUCACGUAUCCCGCCAGACAUAGCCAAACUACAAAAUUUGGUGUACCUGGAUCUUUCGUCCAACAAGAUCAGGAGUCUGCCGACGGAGCUCGGUAACAUGGUGUCUCUCAGGGAACUGCUUUUAAAUAACAACCAGUUGCGGGUAUUGCCGUUUGAAUUGGGAAAACUGUUUCAGUUACAAACACUGGGGUUGAAAGGAAACCCACUUGCACAAGAAAUUAUGAGCCUCUACCAGGAACCUGAUGGUACGCGGAGACUGCUCAACUACUUGUUAGACAAUCUGGCGGGGGCUAUCAAACGCAUACCAACAGAGCAGCCCCCGGCCCGGUCAUGGAUCUCUCUCCAGGAACCAGACCGAACCCGGCCAUCAGCACUGUUCUCCGUCAUGUGCUACAACGUGCUGUGUGAUAAGUAUGCCACAAGGCAGCUGUACGGCUACUGUCCGUCCUGGGCUCUAAACUGGGAGUACAGGAAGAAGUCCAUCAUCCAGGAGAUUCUUGGCUGCAAUGCAGACAUAAUUAGUUUGCAGGAAGUUGAGACAGAGCAGUACUACAAUUUCUUCUUGCCGGAGCUGAAGGAGCAGGGUUAUGACGGGUUUUUCAGUCCUAAAUCACGAGCUAGGACCAUGUCCGAAUCGGACCGCAAACAUGUGGACGGAUGUGCAAUUUUCUACAAGACUGAAAAGUUCAGUGCGGUGCAGAAGCACACGGUGGAGUUCAACCAGCUGGCUAUGGCUAACUCUGAGGGCUCAGAAGCCAUGUUGAACCGAGUGAUGACAAAGGACAACAUCGGGGUAGCAGUAUUGCUUGAAGUCCGCAAAGAGAUGAUGGAGGCCUCCUCUGGAAAGUCACUGCACUGCAUGGAGAAGCAGCUGCUGCUGGUAGCCAACGCCCACAUGCACUGGGACCCGGAGUACUCUGACGUCAAGUUGGUCCAGACCAUGAUGUUCCUGUCGGAGGUGAAAAACAUAGUGGACAAGGCGACACGAAGCCUCAAGCUGUCAUCGGUCUCUGGUGAAACCAACGCCAUUCCACUGGUGCUCUGCGCUGACCUCAACUCUUUGCCCGACUCUGGCGUAGUGGAGUACUUGAGUACGGGCGGAGUGGACUGCACUCACAAGGACUUCAAGGAGCUCCGCUACAGCGACAGCCUGACCAAAUUCAACUGCAACGGCAAGAACAGCACAUCCAACGGCAGGAUCACCCACGGCUUCAAGCUGAAAAGCUCUUACGAGAACGGCCUGAUGCCUUACACCAACUACACGUUUGACUUCAAGGGUAUCAUCGACUACAUUUUCUACUCCAAGCCUCACCUGAACGUCCUGGGCAUCCUGGGCCCCCUGGACCCCCACUGGCUGGUCGAGAACAAUGUCAGCGGCUGCCCGCACCCUCACAUCCCCUCCGACCACUUCAGUCUCUUCGCCCAGCUGGAGCUCCUCCUGCCCAACGUGCCCCCCCAGGUCAACGGUCUCCAUCUGCCCACGCGCAGGUAGUGACCCCCCCCCCCCCCCGCCCCUUCCGGUCCUCCACUACCAGCUCUUUCCCUCCACCACACCGGAGGCGGAAGGCGGAAAAAAAAAAAGAAAAGAAAAACCACCACCUGUAAAAUAUUCGUACAGUGAGGUCUGGCCAACAGGGAUUUCGUAUGAUGUUAUCUAUAGAUAUUAUAUUUUUCUUUCCUUUUUCUCUCUUAUUUUUAACUGCUCAGUCCUUUUCCCUCACACAUCGCUUUUUUUUUUUUUUUUCCCUCUCCCCUCCUCCCUUCACUCGCUACACAGGAUGGGAACACAUUCAGCUUUUAUUCCGUUUUAGACAGAAAGGAGCACAUUUCUCCCCGGGGGGGGGAUAAGCUUCCCAUGCCGAUGGAGCGUCUCGGUCUGUCUGUCCUGUACAAACCUGAAACCAGCAAAGACAGCAGACGCCUCGCUCUCACACGGCCCGCUUCUACAGCAGCUGACGCUUUUUUUAGGGCCAGACGAAGCUUUUCCCCGCUGUUGUUCCGUGGUGCUCAGGCCUCGCCCCCCGUGGUGCUCAGGCCUCGCCCCCCCGUGGUGCUACACCUCUGAACACCCCAGCCAAUAGCCCCCCCCCCCCGGGGGAAAUAAGCAGCCACAGACACCCGAGGGUGCGUUACUCUUAUGUGGCACCCUGCUCCUUUUUCACAUCUGGGCGAGGGGUGUUUAGGCUGACACACACACACACACACACACACACACACACACACACACACACACACACUUGCAGGCAGAUCUGUAGCACUGUCUCACUGGCCAGUAGUGACUUUCCUGCUCCAUCACACACACAUUUACAACUAGAUCAGUGUUUUGUUUUCCUUCCGUUUUUUUGUCACAAGCGUUUGUACAGAAUAGAAAACCUAGACUGGCUGUCUUUACAUGAUUGUAUAUGAACCACAACACGGGGGGGGGGACAAAGAGAAAAAAAAAAAAAGACCUGUUUUUACUGGCGUUUUUUUUUUUCUUUUUUCUACUAAGAGUAAAUUAUGAUCCGAUUUGAAAGAAGAUUGUAUGUACACUAUGGCUAAAUUUUUAUCCAGUCGAAAAUUGAAUACGACCAGCUUGUACAAAACCACGUUAAAGAAGAAGAAGAAAAGGUUGUUCACGGCGCCUCCCGCUCACGACUUUGCACUCUUCUUUUUUUUCGAGAUGAAUUAUCAUGUAGUGUCUAAUGUUUUUAAUUCAUUCUCUCUCUCUCUCCACGUGAUGGCAGAUUGCUGAGAUUGUACAUAAGACCCCUUUGAGUACAUCUGCCUGUUGCUUUUACCAAGCCAUCCAUCAUCCCCACUGCCGCCACACACACACACACACACACACACACACACACACACACACACACACACACACACACACGGUGCCUCAUGGUAGCUCUCGUCGUGGUCUUGCACUACUUCUACUACUUCUAACAUUUGACGGAGGCCCUGAACAACCUUUUCUGCGUGUAUUUUUAAAUACUGUCGAGACAUUUUGUGAAGAUUUUAUGUUUGUUCUGUUAAAAGUUGCUUCUUUUUUUUUUUUUACGAGCCGUGACAAUGGUGAUGAUGUUGUGCAUAUCCUUCCUGUUCUUUCACCCCACCUUUAGUAAUCAGGUAUGCGUGUGGCUCCGCCUCCCCGUGUUUUAGGACGAGGAGCGUCUUUUUUAUAAGAAGUCGUCAUUGUACAUUAUUAGCACAGCUCUGCUCCCCGGACUUUUUACUUUCACUCCCGCCCUCCAUCAUCUUCACCUUGUCCAGUCGAGCUGUGUCUUUUUAAAUCCUUUUUGAGCAACCACUUUCUAUCAUGGUCACACACAACCCCCCCCCCCCCCCCCCCCGCCCCCCCCACCCCCCUCCCCCGGUCGCUGCAGCUACCGUGCCAUCUCGUGGACCCUCGCCCAUCUCCCCCCUCCUCGUCCAGCCUCCCAGUCCCGUCAUAAGGUCACAAGCACUUAGCAGACUCCUCCCCUUCACUCCUUUUUAACGCCGAGGAAAAAGCAAGUAAAUAGGAAGUAUGAAGUCAGUCCUUGUUGUUGUUUUUUUUAAAAACCCGACCAUGUCCAGUUGUUUUCUUCCCUGAUUGGCAUUAGUAUUGGAGUAGAUGGGAAAAAAAAAGGCUAGCUUAUUCUUCUUUUUUUUCCUUUUUUUUGUAAAGUGUGAAUAAAAGAUGUAUCAUGUUUCCUUUCUAAAAUGCUAUUGAGUUGUGUUGAUGUAUAAAUAAUGAAUUGUUUUUACUUUGAACCCCACACUCGUAUGCUCUUCACCCCGACACAGACCACAAACCAAAUCCUCGGUCACGUUGAGGACUCGAAUGUCGUCCCCUCUCAGAAUGAAGGCCAGGAAGGGCAAAAACUUUGUUGUUGUUUUAGAACAGGGAUCUUCAACCAUACUUCAUAUUUGUGGUUAGUUUGUUUGUGUCUUCUUCUCAGCUUUAUUUGGUUGCUCGCUGGAGAGAGCCGGAGCCUGAAGGUCGAGGGCAGCAGAGCUGACUUCCUCACACUCGGCGUAAUCAUGUUGUCGGCUUUUUUUUUUCUUUUGUCAUUUCCACUGUCGUGGCGGCACACACCAAAGCUGCAAUUGUGUCCAAAAUGGAGGGCUGCAGGGACUAGUUCUCCUAUUGACUUCACUUUUUAAUGAGUCGAUGGCAUCCUUUUUAAGUCAAAAUAAAAAAUGGCAAUAAUUCUCCCAACAUUCACACAUUUUUAGGCAUUUUAAAUCUUUAACGCAGCUUCUUGGGCGCUUGUGUUUGUUCUCUCCCGACGCCGCUUCAACCCCCCCACUCCCCCCGCAUUGAUUUCAUCAUCACUUGUAUAUUUGCGCCUCUCCUUUCCCGUGCUAGUUGUUCAAUGAUCAGGAUUGUCUUUAUCUGUAGUCAGCGGAGUACAUUUUAUUGAUCUGUCACUGUGUUUAUGCACUGGACCAACUAUUGUUUACCAUUCAUAAAAUACCAGCAAAAAAAAAAAUCAAUUAAUAAUAAAUAAGGAUAAAAAACCACUUGCACAAUGUUGUAGAAUGUUCAUUAACCCGGAUGAGAAAUCAAGGCAGCUCUUUUCGAAUCAACACAUACUGUUUUUCCAAAAGGAACUGAAUGGUAAACAAUGUUUUCUGUUGUAUCUUUAUUAGCCGUCCUUUCAAUGCUCUUUUUGGACUAGUUUUUGUACUUCUUUAUUUUUUUGGUUCAUUGACUACAGGUUCUGCUUGUUUCCUCUUUUCACCUACCUAUGUAUUUUCCUACUUCUUGUUCAGAAUAAAUUCUAUAUUAUCUGUUUCAA